GAAGUGCGUCAGAGGAGGCGCGGGGAGAGCAGGGUGCAGUGGUCAGAGCUGGAGGGAGAAGCUGUGGGAGCAAGAGGAUGGGCGUGUGCAGGUGAUAGACUAGAGAACAAGACCUCUGUCUCCGUAGCAUCCUGGAGCAGUCUGAAUGCCAGAAUGGAUAACCGUUUUGCGACCGCGUUUGUAAUUGCUUGUGUCCUUAGCCUCAUAUCCACCAUCUACAUGGCAGCCUCCAUUGGCACAGACUUCUGGUAUGAAUAUCGAAGUCCAGUUCAGGAUAAUUUCAGCGAAUUGAACAAAAGCCUUUGGGAUGACUUUGACAGUGACGAGACAGAUGAAAAGACUUACAACGAUGCACUUUUCCUAUGUAAUGGCACUCUGGGAUUGUGGAGACGCUGCAUUACUAGACCCGACCAUGCAGAUUCACUCAAUAUGGUCACAAAAUGCACUAGUUUCACACUGAAUGAGCAGUUUAUGGAGAAGUUUGUUUAUCCUGGAGACCAUAACAGUGGGAUCGAUCUGCUGCGGACCUAUCUUUGGCGGUGCCAGUUUCUUUUACCUUUUGUUAGUCUAGGUUUGAUGUUCUUUGGGGCUUUGAUUGGACUUUGUGCUUGCAUCUGCAGAAGCUUGUAUCCUGCUAUUGCCACAGGCAUUCUUCAUCUUCUUGCUGGUCUUUGUACACUGGGCUCAGUCAGUUGUUAUGUUGCUGGAAUUGAGCUUCUCCACCAGAAACUAAGGCUGCCGGAUGAUGUGUCUGGAGAAUUUGGAUGGUCCUUCUGUCUGGCCUGUGUGUCAGCUCCUUUACAGUUUAUGGCAUCUGCUCUCUUCAUCUGGGCCGCUCAUACCAACCGGAAAGAGUACACGUUAAUGAAGGCCUAUCGUGUGGCAUGAGAAGGAAGCCGCUUACUUUAAAAUUGCCAGUUUUAUUUUUUUUUAAUAUCAAUGUUUUCCCUUAUCACCCUCCCAAGUUGUUCUUCAAACUUUGUGAGUAAACCAUUUUAUCCUGAAAAAAAAAAUCCAUUUAAUUUAUAUACAUCCAGUCUCCUGUUAACAAGACUAAAAUUUACAUGGAUAAAUCUGAGUGAUUUCAUUUUACAAACUGAGCUUGGUUUAGUCUAGACUGAAAGAAAUAAGAAGACACUUGACACACUGGUGGAAGAAAAUUGCUACUGGAAAUGGAGCCAAAAGUUUUCUUGAUCUCUUGUGAAGACUUUUCACUAAUGUAAUUGUAUCUGUUUAACUGGGAACAUUUGUUUCUUUGGAAAACUCUCAUGGUCAUCAAAACUUUAUGCUCACUUCACUAUUACUGAUAGCCACAGCUAUUCUGUUUUCAAAGACUACAGCUGUAUAAAAUAAGGACAUUAUCUAAGAUUCUUUUUCAUAAGUAUUCACUUAUAGCUUCAUCAGAAGUGGAAUACACUGACUAUAAGAAAGGGAAUGACACACAGUGAUUAAUUGCAAUUCUGAUUUUGUCAUUGAAUGAAUUUCAGUUCAACCAGACAAGAGAAUUAACUUUACUUCACUUUUCUUUAAAGCUCCAUUUUUGUUGGAUUUUUGGUACCUCAAACUAAUUUUUUUUUCUCCAUUCCUCUUUAAGUUCUGUGCUUAUUAAGAGUACUUCUCCAUCCCACCCCUACCCCUUUCUAACAGUAUAUUGGAUCACAGAGUAAUUCUCCAAUUGUUGUCCAUUCUAGCUAUGUACCACAAAAAAAAAAAAAAAAAGUUCCAUCAUAAUGACCCUCCAGAGCUAGGAAAACUACCACAAGAUUAAAGCUUUGGCUGGUCAGUGAUUUUCAGCUAUGGUCUUUAUUUCUUGUGGUGAAAUGAUGUGCCUUUCCUUGCCUGACUCCAUUCCUGAUGUAUAUCAAGGUUAUUUAAUGUCUUCUAAUUCAGUCAUUUUUUAUAAACAUGUCUAUAAACAUCGAACUUUUAAGAAAUCUUAUUUAUUUAUUCCAUUACUAUAGCCCUUACAGAUUUUAAAACAAUGUAACUAGUAGUUUCUUACACUGUCCUAAAUCUGUUUUUUUUUUUAAAAAAAAAAAUAAAAAAAUGAAAAGAGAUGUCUUGUUUCUUGAA